UUAAUUCAAACAAAGUUUGUUAAAAAUUAAAGUACACAUUAAUAUAUCCACAUAAUAUUUGAAACAGUGUUCAAUUUUAUUGAUGACCGCAUUAUGUAUACAUACUAUACGAUGUACCUAGUUGGUAGUAUCUAAUUAAAUAGGUACUCCACAAAGUACGAUAUACGUGGUUAUUGAAUUUUCGUCGCAAAAAAACUUUAAGCGUUUCAAAAAAUUAUCGAUACCUACUAGCUUAAAUAAUAUUAAUAUUACACGAACGGUGUAGGUACCUUAACUGUUUAUCUGUUGUUAAGCAUAAAAACAAAUUGUUUUAUAUUCUACGUUUUCGCAUAUAAUAUAUUUGCAAAAAUUAGCUAUCGUAAACGGAUAACUACUAAUCCUAUACUCAAUCAAGAUGUCGAACGAACAGAAGAAAAAAGUUCUGCCAUUUUUCGUGAACUUUUCAAUUGCUGGAUUGGCGGGGAUGGGAUCCGCGGUGUUCGUACAUCCAUUGGAGGUGCUGAAAUUUCGUAUGCAACUAAGUGGCGAGAAGGGCACGGCUUCAGAUCACAAAAACUCAUUUCAUGCAAUAAUAAAUAUGGCAAAAAAUGAAAAACUUUCGGGUUUUUAUAAAGGCAUCACCGCAAACUUUAUGAGACAAAUAGUAUUUACGUCAACUCGGGUGGGCUGCUACACAUCGCUCAUAGAUGAAUUGAAAAAGCGAGGGCAGGGCACCGUGAUUAAUAACGCAAUUGCCAGCAUGUCUACCGGAGCGUUAGCAGCGUUCAUUUCCACACCGACCGACAUUGCUGUGGUCCGCAUGACAGCCGACGGACGAUUGCCAGCGGAGAGCCGUCGUAACUACAAAGGCGUGUUCGACGCACUGAUAAAAAUACGAAAGGACGAAGGCAUAACAGGGCUGUGGCGAGGGACGGUAGCGACCAUUCUCAGAGCGAUGACAGCCAAUUUAACGCAGCUGAUGUCGUAUGACGAGGCUAAAGUGUAUAUGAUGGAAAAUUAUAAUAUGGAAAACGGUUUAAAGCUCCACACUGUAUCAAGCAUGAUUUCCGGAAUUGUAUAUUCCGUGUGCUCGAAUCCAAUGGACGUGUUAAAAACUAGAAUACAACAACAGAAAAUCGUAGAUGGAAAAGCGGAAUACUCAGGCAUAAUAGAAGUGGCGACGACUUUGGUGAAGUCCGAGGGAGUUAUGGCUUUGUGGAAAGGCUGGCCUUUUUAUUAUUUACGAGUGGCACCAGGGACUGUCUUGUUAUUUAUUUUCAUGGAGCAACUUAGAAAGGGAUAUGAAGAUAAUUUUAUUAAAGAUCAGUGAUUAACUUAACAAACAUGAA